GCAAGCUCCAGAAGUGCUCUUCUAUCAUGUUUACUUGCGUGAAAGCGAUGUCUGGUCUUACGGUAUGCUGAUGUCUGAGAUCUACAACGACGGUAAAGUUCCAUUUCACGACAAAUCUGUGGCAGAGAUUCGAUCAAAGAUCUACGAUCCAAAAUUCCGCCCAUUUGUGCCACCUAUUAUCAAUUACCCAAACAUACCGACGCUUAUGUCCCGAUGUUGGGAGGUUGACGUUAAAAAAAGGCCAACAAUGAGCGAAGCAGCCAAGCAGCUCAGGGGAUACUGUAUACAUACGAUUAAAGAAAAGCCGGUGUCCACGACAGAUUCGAAGCAACAGCUCAUCGAACAAGUGAAAACUCAAGGAUGUGUAGAGAGCAUCACCGUUGGGUCGCGGAUGGGACACAGCAAGCCGCCCAUCAAGCAUAU